UUAGCUGGCAUCGCUGCCGAGAUCUCCAAGCGUUGGGCCUGAAAAUUUUUACAAAAAAAUUUUCACUGGCUGGUAUUUUUAGAAAAUUCUGAAAGCGGAAAGUUCGGGCUGUGUGAUGUGUCUGGGAAUGGACUCCUGAAAAUAUUUUAAACGACCAAAAAACAGGAAAAUACGGUUAAAUUAAAAGGUCUUUUCAGGGAUUUGCAUAAGAUUCGCAUCGCUGGUGACCCAAUGUGUUCCACUUCAGUGCUGUGUCCGCUGUGCGCGGUGCCCAGCUUCGGCAGCAUCGAUGCACUGCAGCGGCGCCUGAUCAAGGCAGCCAAUGGACCCUUGGCCUGCCCUUUCGCCAACUGCAAGGAGUUGUUCCUGGGCCUCGACAAGCUCACCAUCCACCUGUUCUCCCACACCAGUCUCAUGAGAAAUGAUUCCCCCACCAAUGACCAUAUGCCAGUGGCAACGACGUCUCCCAAUACGAUUCUGGGAGCAACCCCUAAGAGAAGGGGGAAACGAGCGAAGGCCAAACCUGUGGAGCCUCCCUACCCAUCUGACACAGCGACUCCCCCUGCCAGCUGCGACGUUUGCGAGUUCACCUUCAGGAACAACGAACUAAGGGACAUGCACUUCCGUUUGGUUCACGAGAAUGCGGACUCAGAGCAGCAAGGGAGUCCAACCCAACAGAACGAGGUAGGACAGGAGCCGUACAAGUGCCACCUCUGCUCGAAGACUUUUCGCAUGAAGGGCUCUCUUAGAAUCCACCUGAAGGUGGUCCACACCAUGGGCUUGACCUGCUCCGGCCCAAGCCCCACUGUCACCUCUAUUACCUCUGUCAGUCCAGCAUCCAAGGUUAGCAUUUGCGAUCGCAUCCGGCACACGGAGACGCCGACUACUACCAACAGCACCAUAAGCACCGUCUCCAGCACCCAACCGUAUGCCUUGAGUGUUGCCCUUAGUAUGCUCCAGCAGUCCCCGGAGUCGCCGGAAACCAAUAAUGCCACACCGAAACUGUGGGAGUGCGAUGUGUGCAGCAAGUCCUUUACUACCAAGUACUUUUUGAAGAAGCACAAGCGGCUCCACACCGGCGAGAUGCCAUACACGUGCGAGAUAUGCGCCAGGACCUUCACCUUCCAGCAGUCGUACCACAAGCAUUUGCUUUAUCAUAGCGAAGUGAAACCACACGUCUGCAUUGUCUGUGGAAGGGCCUUCAAGGAGCUAUCUACGCUCCACAACCACCAGAGGAUCCACAGCGGGGAGAAGCCUUUCAAGUGUGAAGUGUGCGGUAAGUGCUUCCGUCAGCGAGUGUCUUUCCUAGUCCACACCCGCAUCCACACUGGCGUUAUGCCCUACAAGUGUGAUCUCUGCCACAAGACGUUCAGAUACAAGGUCAGCCAGCGGACUCAUCGCUGUCCCACCGAAGAGGCCCAGACCCCGGAGCAGCUGAUCAACGCCUUCCUGGAGGGCAGCGAUACGCCCACUCAGCCCUCGCCUGCCAGCGUGGAGAUAGCCACCAUCAACGCCAGCUCGAUGUUCGAUCCGGAACAGGAGGCCAAGUACUCACAGACCAUUGACGACAUUGUGGUGGAGCAGUGCCAGAAGCUGGGCAUCUGCAAUGUGGCAUCGGAUGUGCAAUCCCAGGCGCAGCUUGUGUCCUUAGAGCCAGCCGUAGUGGUGGUGCCAUACAAUGGAACCAUUUCCCCACUGCAGCAGCUCCAGAACCUGAAACUUUAUACGCCUCAGCAGCCGUCUGACGCACCCUGUUCCGAUGGCGAGGUUUUUCAGCGCUUUCUGAUGGACGCUACGUAGCUAGGACGAA